AUGGUGAUGAGGCCGAAUGGGGAGAUUGAAUCAGAAGAUGAUGAUAUUGAUGAUGUUAAUACUAGUGAGAGCAUGCCACCCUCGGAGGAUGCUAGUGAUAUGGAGCAUGUCGUGCAUGGUAAUGCUCUAGCUAUGAUAUGUGCCUUGAGUGCACCUGUCAAGGAAGAUAAAGGUCAUGAACUACAAAGGGAGAAUAUCUUCCAUACAAGGUGUUUGGUGAAGGACAAAGUGUAUUGCAUGGUCAUUGAUAAUGGGAGUUGUGUGAAUGUGGCUAGUACCUUACUAGUGGACAAGCUUGAGUUACCUACUACCAAGCAUCCUGAACCAUACAGAUUACAUAGGCUAAUUGAUACUAAUGAAGUUAAGGUGGAAAAACAAGUGAUGUUUUCUUUCUCCAUUAGUAGAUAUAAGGAUGAAGUGUUGGGUAAGAAAUUUGAUAAUGUCUUUCCAGAAGAGGUGCCUAGGGUGUUGCCACCGAUUAGAGGAAUAAAACAUCAGAUUGAUUUUGUACCUAAAGCUAUAAUUCCAAACAGGCUAGCAUAUGGAACCAAUCCUGAAAAGGCUAAGGAGUUGCAAAGGCAAGUGGAUGAGCUACUUGCAAAGGGCCAUUUUGUUAGGGAUUUAAUUACCAUAGCCGCACCAUUAAAUGAGGUUAUAAAGAAGAAUGUUGGGUUUAAGUGGGAUGAGGAACAAGAGCAUGCAUUUAGAUUGCUUAAGGAGAAAUUGUGUUAUGCACCAUUGAUUGCUUUACUUGACUUUUCUAAAACUUUUAAAGUUGAGUGUGAUGCUUCUAGAGUGGGUAUAAGUGCUAUUUUGAUGCAGGAAAAGAGGCUAAUUGCCUACUUUAGCAAGAAGCUAAGUGGAGCUACCUUGAACUACUCCACUUAUGACAAAAAGAUGUAUUCUUUGGUGAGGGCACUUGAGACUUAG